AUGCAAAACUCCAAAUAUCAAUUAACAUUACCAGACUAUUUAUUAGCCUUUUGGGAUGAUUUUGAAAGGCAACGAGAUAAUAUUCGAUCAGUUGCAAUUUCAAAUAAAAAGAGGAACAGAAAAUAUAUAAUAAAAGAAGAAUUGGUAGCAAGUACAUUAAAUGAAGCUUCAUAUGAAACUGACCAAGCAAUCUUAAACACUUUGGAUAUGUUGUCACAUCAUGUCCAAGGAUAUGUUAAUGGAUUACAUUUUGAUGUUAAAAGUGAGAGAACAAGUAUGUGUUCUUUUGUAAAUGAAAAUUUUGUUGUGGAGGAUGAAACAAAAAAUAUUAUUAAUAAUUCUAAUGAUAAUUAUGUUAUUUUUGAUACUUCGGGAAGUGUCCCAAGUACGUCCAAUACAAAUUAUUGCUGAUUUUACUUUUAUAUUUACUCCAUAUGUAUUAAUUUUUUUUGUAAAAAUGAUUAUAUUUUUUCGUGCAUUUUAUACGACUUUAUAAAAAAAUCUUUAGAAUUUUGACAUAUUUUUGGCAUUUUGUUCGAUUGGCGUUUUGUCGUUGUGACAUUUUGAUGUUUUUGUUCGAUUGGCAUUUUGUCUUUGUGACGUUUUGGGUUUAUGUAUGAUUGGCAUUUUGACUUUCUGGCCUUUUGACGUUUCUGUUCGAUUGGCAUUUUGUCCUAUUUUAGGGUUGAUGACAAUUGUCAUUUGGUAAUAUUUUCCUAAGGUUGACAUUUUGUAUAUUAGGUGUUC